AUGAGCAGUUCGGCCGGCUCACGUACCAGCAAGAAAGCCUGUGCUGUUUGCACAAAACGGAAGGUUAAAUGUGAUAGACAAAUACCAUGUAGUAAUUGUAUCAGAAGAGGACAAGAAAGCGAAUGUAUCAAAGCUGUAACAAACGACUUUAUCCAAAAUCCAGAACUAGGCAGUGGAAAAGAUUCUUCAUUGAAUAUUUUAAGAUUAUGGCAGAGUUAUGAGUAUUGGAUUAGCGAUAUUGGACUAUUCAAGACAAAAAAUAUCGAUAUAACCGAAAGACUUCCUAGUAUGGAAGCUCAAUUGGCAGAAUGUUCCUUUUGGACGGAUUAUAUAAAGCUCGAAGAUUCUUUUAAACUGUUAAAUUUUGCAGUAGAAAACUUAGGUCCUUUAUAUUUUGGAAGUCUUGGUGAUAUCAGUGAAUUAUUUGUUCAAUUGGAAACUUAUUGGAGUAGAAGGCAACAAUUUAAAGAGACGCCUGAUGCAUUAUUGUUUUCAAUCGAUGACUAUUAUUGGAAUUCAUUACUUUGGGCCAUAUUUUCUAUGUGUGUAUACUACAUGCCUCUCGAUGACAUAUCAGAAAGUUUUGAAGUACAACCCAUCUGUGAACAAUUAGGUAUAGAAGAAAAUCAACAAUGGUCUGAAUCAUUACAACUAACUCUUGUACAAGGUUUUACUAAAUGUUCUUUACACUUUUUACAACAAGCAGAUUACGGUCGAAAUCCAGAUGUGAGAUUUAUACAAUCAUUUCUGAUAUUAUCCACCACUAAUUUCCAGCUGUCGGAUUGUUUCCUCCGUGAUACACUACUAGCACAAUGUGCCCAUAUUGCAAGGUUUUUCAACAUCGACUCAUAUAAGCAACUUGCAACCGAUGAUGAAUCUACUGAUUUAUCGAAAGAAGUCUUCUCUAAGAUAUGGAUGAGUAUGUGCAUACAGGAUUACCAGCAAGAGAGUCCUACUAAAAAUAAUAGUUUUCAUAAGGAAAUACCUUCUUUGUUGCAACAUGCUGCAUUCUAUCAAGACAUGCCAAAUUUUGAUAUCUAUAAACAGGAAGACAGUUUUGAAUCACUCUGUUGGAAAAUCACUUCGUUAGAAAGGGAUUUAGAUAGAUACCUUCUCACUUCAUUUAAACCACAGAUAAAAACCUUUGAUGCAAUAAAGAGAGAGCUUUCGAUUUUUGAAAAGAAAAUAGGCAACGUAAAUUUUGAAAAGAAAUCGAUUAAUUCACAGUUUGAAAAAUUCAUAAGUACAUUUCUCCUCUCUACUAUUUAUUGGAAAUUGCAUAAAAUGUAUUUUAUUUAUUUUGAUACGGCUGAUUCUUUACAAUUAUCUGUUCAUUAUUUACAACUGAUGGUACAUCUCAUUGAAACAAAUAUGAAUCAUGGUUUAACAUUUUUCAAUAAACAUCCAUUGAUUAUUAGGUCUCUUUCGAGAAUGGUACCGUUCUACGCGUUUUAUAAUAUUUUUGAAUCCAACCCUCAGAUCGAAGAGUUAAAUAAUGAUUUAGGUAACCUAAUUCUUGCUCUUCCUAUAUUAUUAGGAGAAAAAUGUGUAAAAUUAUCGUACUUAGUGCAACGACUGAAUAGCAUGAAAAUUAUAUGGGAAAAAGUUAGAGUAGAGGGCACAUCGUCAAAUUGGAACCAUCCUGUGCUGAAAAUUAUUCAGGAUGAUAUUAAAAUAAUUUCCAGGUACUGUAAUAGAACAUUAAUACUAGUUAAGGGUGUUCCUUCCUUUGGUGAUGCCACAGAUACUAUUAAUGAUGAAACUGAAGAAAACGACAAGGAAUAUUUUGCAAGAAACAAAGAAAGUUCUGAAUUCAAAUUUAUUGUAAACGAAUUUGAAAAACAACACAGCAUUAUUAGCUUAUUUAGUUAA